AGACUUACAUAAAGAUAGCUAUCAAAUAAAAUGACAUUUAAAAUAGCUUUCCACCUUUAUUUCCACAUUAACUGAGCUUCUUUGCUCUCAGCUGAGAAACCAGAAUGCAGAGGAAGUUGUCAUUUGUGCACCUGCUCCUCCCCGUUUUGUGCAAAUGUUGAUGCAUGCACGGAAGUUUCAGUGCAAAAGGCCACAGGUGGUGAGUUGAUCUGCAGUGUAUCUGUGCCGGGUUCCUUUUUAAGUGUAAUUGAGCUGUAACGGUACGUUAGAGACUGGAGCUACGUAGGCUACAUUGUGGAGUAAAACCCAAAGCCUAAAGGAGCUGAAUAAGUCUGAUAAAUCAUCGAAUCGAAGUUUUAUUUUUUGGAUAGGUGAACCAAAGGGAUGGGGACAAAUGUGGACGACUUCACGAGGCUUCUGUAUGACUGCGAGCUGUUUGUGACAGAGAUUCUUCAUGGUGAGAACCUGAGUGAAUCUGCAGAAGAGACACGACAGGUCCUGCUGAAUAACUUCAGGGUCGUCCAUUCAAGAAACCCUGAGGAGUUUCCUAUAAGAUUGGAUUUAAGGGAAGAUGAAGGCUCCGAUGACAACCGCAGUUCCAGCCUGGGUCGCUCGGCCCCUUCAGACGACGCCUCAGUAGUGUCUGACUACCAGGAAGAUGGAGUGGGUGACUACGAUGAGGAUAUCCCUCCAGUUGCAGCCUAUGAGCUCACCAACAUCCUGAAGCAAGGUUACUUGGAAAAGAAACGAAAAGACCACAGCUUCUUUGGACCAGAGUGGCAGAAGAGAUGGUGCAUCCUGAACAAUUCAAUAUUCUACUACUUUGGGAGUGAAAAAGAUAAACAGCAGAAGGGUUCAUUUUAUAUCAAUGACUACACUGUACAGAUGGUGACCAACCUGAGAAAAGACUCCAAAAGAAAAUCCUGUUUUGAGCUCAGUGCUCCUGGAAAACGGCCCUUCCAGUUCACUGCCAGCAGCCCUCAAGAGGCCAGAGAAUGGGUGGACCAAAUCAAUUUUGUACUUAGAGAUCUCAGCUCCAACUUCAUCCCCGUCGAUGACGAGGAGGAGGAGGAGGAGGACGAGGAUACCUACGAUGACAUCGAGGGGGUGGUCAACGAAACCCCGACUCGGCCGACCCCGGCCUCCCGGGGAGGAGGAGUAGCCAGAGGACAGGAGAUAGGGGAGGAGGAUGACGAGGAAGAAGAUAUCUACGAGGAGCUGCCAGAUGAAGAACUUGGAAAUCCAGGUGAUGAGAGCGACGAGAAGAGCAGCAAACAAGUUUGGUCCUCAGAUUAUUCCAACUACUACCAGGGUUUGUGGGAUUGCCAGGGCGACGAGUCAGACGAACUGACCUUCGAGAGAGGAGAUCUCAUCUACAUCAUCAGCAAGGAGUACAACAUUCACGGGUGGUGGGUCGGCGAGCUAAACGGCACCGUGGGCAUCGUCCCCAAGGACUUCCUGCAACCUGCCUACAUCCUCUGAGCUCCAACAGCACUGCGGCUGCCGGCACGUCCUGCCAUGAAUUACCCUGACACAUCUGUCAGAUAAGCUUUUGGCAUUUCAAAAUUAUUCCCCUUUUAUACCAAUGUAAAUUAUUAUAUUAUCACCUAAGCCUGCUGCAGCUGUACUUACUCUUCUACACUAUAAGCCAUUAAUAAAAGCCUGUUUAAAAAAAAUCAAAGUGCACACUGGAGCUGGAGUAAUUAGUCUGUUAAUCAGUUUUGAUAAAUGAUCAAUCGUCCUAAAUGUGAGAUUUCUCAUUUUCUUUAUCUUUAUAAGAAGUCUCAACCACUGUUUAGAAAAUUCAGAAAAGUGCCAAAGUAAACAGUGAAUGUGUUAAUUCAAAUAAAAUGACAGACACAUCAAUAAUUAAAAGCACCAUUAGCUGCACUUUGAGUGAUUAAGAACUGUGCAUGCAUACAUUUAUCAAUCCACUGGAUAAAUCUGAAAAUAGAACGUUGAUUGUUAGUUUAUAAAUAAUUUCCUCAUAACUGACAUAAAAAACAGUAAUGUAAAAUAUUUUAAUGUAAACUCUGCUCAGAAAUACUAAAAAUAAAAUAUUGUGUGCUUUUGUUUCUGUUGUAAAUAAAAGGGGAUUAUUAAAACUGUUUAUUUUGAGCCACUAGGUGGCAGGCUUGCUUCAAUGUCUUGAGUCGUGUUAAAAGCCGUUUAAUAAAAUGACGUGACAGUAAAGAGGAGAAGGUUUUAUUGAAAUAAAAUAAAAUUAUCAUGUGCACAUGUACAUGGAUACAGUCACUCAAAUUACCCUCAUACUGACAUCUGUAUUUAAACAAAACUCUAAAUAAACCCCUGUAGUUAUUUCCAGGAACAAAACCAGUGAAACGUUAAAAUCCCUCCACAGCUUUGAUGCAAACAGCUUAUUAAAAAUAAAGUCUGGUUUCUGUGCGAAACCUCACAAAUAGAACCUGCGGGUCCCUUUUAAAUGCAGCGUAAAAGAAGCAGAAGCGUUGUGGGAACAACGUUGCUGCCAAGCUGCAGACAGGUUACAGGCAAGACGACCAGAAUUUCCACAGCAGGCAUUCAGGAUGUGUCUGAACUCGUUCAUUACCACCAGAGGACAACGGCACCAUCGCACUGGACGCUUCACAGUGGUCAAACAGGCUUAAGCUUAAAAUUUUUGAUAUAACUGAUUAAUGAUAACUGAGUUAUUGUACUUUUGUAUUUUUAUUUAGUUUUUACUGUAAUUUAUUUUUAGCUUCCAGAUUAGGUUUGCCUCCUUUUUUCUUUAAAUUGAGGUUAAGUAAAAUAAAUAUAAAUAUUAAUUUAUAUAAAUAAAAUUCUAUAUUCAUAUUCUAUGAUUAACCCAAGACUGUUAGUUUUAACUAAAACUCUGUGUAAUAAAAUCAAGACUAACUGAAAUUAUAUUGAUAAUGAUGAUGAUUAAAAUGAAACAAAUAAAAAUAAAAAUAAAAUUACUUUAAUUUCAGUGUUUGUCUGGUACAUUUUUUGUUUUGUUUGAGGUUUAGGAUGUCUAUCUGCCUCAAAAGGGGAAAGUUUGUACUGUAAAACCUGUCUUGAUCUUCUGAAAUGUUGACCCAUGACAAAUAUCCUCCAUAUUUUAAUAUUUAAGAAAUCUAAAAUCAACACUGAUGCUAAUAAAAACUGAAGUAAAAGUAAACAUUUUCAAACCCACUCUGGAAAUCAACAAACUGAGCUGAAAAGGAAAGAAAAUUAAAAUAAAAACAAAUUAGAAAAUACAAACCUGCUGUAUUUUAAGUGCAUUGUGUAGCGUGCACUAAUACUCUUUACAUGCAGAUAGAUGGAAAAUCUAUCAUAAAAUCCAGUGCAUACAGAGUAAUGAGUAUUUUCAGACACACUCUGAGUUGUGAAGAGAGAAAAACACACAGGUGUGUUAAUCAUGGCUACAUUUCAUGCAGGGCAGGUCCUCCUUUCGGAUGAAUCUCAGUUGAUACGCCUGCGUUUUACAGGUGUCUGCUGUGGAAAAAGGCCGCUGGAGUUAAAGCUCACACAUGUGAGGAAGAGUAAACUAUUCGUAAAAAUAAGCUGUGCUCAUCUUGCCUGAAUGGAGUGUAUAAAUUAUAAGUAAAAACUCUUAGUGUGUGUAAAACCAUGACAUGGCCGUAAAGGUGCAAGGCAUCCAUUUCUACUUCAUGAAGCUCUAUAAACACAAAACAGGAAUCACAUUGUUACAGAUCAGAAGUUCAAACAGGAGCCCGUGUGCAUUUCACAGGUUGAUUUAAGUGAGUCGUUUCCCCUCUCAUCCUUCAGUAAUAAAUACCAGUUUAACGCAUGAUCAGAGACGUGUGUACGAGGAGUGAACUACGCGUAGGCUUGUUCACAGCCCGAGUAUCAUCAUGCGUUAGUGACCAGCACGGUGAAAGCUGUGAAGAAUUAAUACAAGCCGGGUAUAACAGAACUAUUUAACAGCAAGGGAAGCAUAUUUAAAGAGCGGUUAGGUCUCAUUUGUGACGAGGAAAUGUGAAAUGUGAUGAGGAGCUCUAGAUUUAGAGAAACGUUCACUUUGUUCAAUGUCUGUCUUGAAAGAAUUUAGAGAUCCCUUUUUCAAAGAGAUUUAAAUAAAGGUUUUUCACAUUAAUCUUUUAAGUGCUGAAUUUCCACUCUACCUGUCCACUGUAGGAAGCAGUGUUGUGUUUGCAAGUUAACCCCCUCCAGGGUUUUUCUAGGCUCAAAAUGGGCCUCAGGGAUCACAAAGUCAGUGCAAAGACUCCGUGUUAACAUGCUUUAACUUACAAAAAGAAAAAGUCACAGUUCUGGUGAUUUUGCUUUAGUAGAAAGCCAAAACCAAAUUAGUGGGCACUAUUUUUUUCAUAUGCAAGAAAAACCCUGACCUUAUGUUAGCAUUUUUGGUUGUUUAUUUCUUUAAUUACAUCAGGAAAACAUCUCUUGGUGGUCAGUAUGAACAGGAACCACAAAUUCCACUAAGUUUCAAUACAGACAUGAAGGAAUGUGAACUUAUCCUUUAAUUUGGGUGUAUAUUUUUUGCCAAAAUUCAGCCCCAGCUGUUUCCUUACUGAAAGGGCUCAGAGUAUGAACCUAAACUUAACUCGAGCACCUUCUGCUGUUCACUGAAGCCAAAUGGAGAAGUGAAGCAGUCAGGAGGGAAAUCAGAUCCAUAACAGACAAAUUCUAAUGUUAGAUUCAUGCUGUUUUGGAAGUGUUAUACCUACAUGACUGAGAGUGUGAGGUAUGUCUCGUAACCCUGACGAUAUGAAGACAAUAUGAAGACGCUAUGUACGAUGGGCAGAGUUUGG